AUGAAUACCAGGGGUGACCCACAUCGAACUACUAUCAUGGGUGAACCACCUACGUCGCGGACGUUGUUCCUCGCCGGUGGUCUGAUGUGCAAUGCACUGCUAACCGGAAUCUUGGGGUAUCGCGUCAGGCAAAUCGAGCACCAGCACAUCAGGAGCCUCACUCUCACACGCAUUCUGGUCGUCAUCCUCGGAUGCCUGGCUAUAUUUUUUGUCUCGUCUGCAACCAUCGUUGAGAGUGGGCUCGGCUUGUCUACUUCAGCUGUCUGUCAUGCUGCCAUCAUCAUCUGUCUCGUAUUUUAUGUGAGCUGCAAAGCCGUAAUGUACAUUUUCCUAGUCGAGCGCGCCCAUGCACUCCGAGCACCCUACAUGAAACGUUCACGGGACUGGAUCUGGCUUGGCGGGAUGAUGACAAUAGCUUGCGGAUUCGGAAGUAUUGCUGUAUGCGGUUUCACAUGGCCUAUUGCGAACCUGUCAGAGAUCGAUGGACGAUGCCGCAUUGGCCUACCCUUCCGCGUCACAAUCCCGUUACUCUCCUUCGACGUGGCCAUCAACACACUUUUGACUGGGAUUUUUGUUCAUCUUCUGCGGCCUUUGCUUCGAUUUAACGUGCAAGCAAACGAAGCAGCUCCCAUCACAGCCUUCGCUAGGGGCGUGCGUCGUGUUCUGAGGCCGCAUGGUGGACCGACCAGUCUCGACGUGUACGCGAUGAACCACCAAUCUUUCAAGUCGAUCGAAAGACUGCUCUGGAAGUCUCUCACGGGAUCCAUAUUGGUCAUGUUACCGACCGUCGGCAACCUCGUGACCUUAAUACCACUCCACGGACAGGAGCUGGGCUGGGUGUGUCUGACCAUCUGCGCCUUCGAUGGUAAGCAUCUUCCCUCACUAACCCCAGAUUCUGGAACACAAGCUCACGCUGCUCAGUUACGUGGUCCGUCUUGGUUGUAA